AUGGAUAAUUCGAUCAGUCCAAAUGGUACUACUUCAGCUACAACCUCUCCCAAUGAUACAACUGAUUUUUGUGUAGUUUGUGGUGAUAAGGCUAUCGGAAAGCAUUAUGGUGCGGUUGCUUGUAACGGUUGCAAAGGAUUUUUUCGUAGAAGUAAAUUUUAUUUUAGCGUUUGGCAAAAUCUACAGUACACGUGUCGAUUCAGUAAACAAUGUAAUAUUGACAAGGAUCAUCGUAAUGCUUGUAGAUAUUGCCGUUUUCAGAAAUGUUUAGCAGAUGGAAUGAAACCUGAAGGUUGA